GUCCACCCAAAAACAAGAAAACGAUUGCCAAGCUUGAACACCGAGACUAUUGGACCACUCAUCGAAUAUCGACCUACUACAAUCAACCAAAUUUCAGCUGUACGUAGGCUCUAAGGAUGGGCCGAACAGCACCAGCUCACAUCAAGACCGUCAAACCGGGCCUCAAGAAAAAGAAAGGAACCACCGGGGCGGCUAGAAAUUAUGUGACUAGAAACCAGGCUCUGAAGAAACUUCAAUGUACACUAUCAGAUUUCAGAAGACUUUGUAUUUUGAAAGGAAUUUAUCCCAGAGAACCCAGAAGUAGAAAGAAGGCCAACCGAGGCUCAACAGCUGCUGCCUCAUUCUACUAUCAAAAGGAUAUAGCCUACCUCUUACAUGAACCAGUACUUCAAAAAUUGAGGGAGCACAAGGCUUUCGCGAAGAAACUUUCUCGAGCUCUCGGUCGCAAGGAGGAUGGAUUAGCCAAGAACUUGGAUUCGGCUCACGACGGCUACCGGAUCGAUCACAUUAUCAAAGAAAGAUAUCCGGUUUUCACUGAUGCGAUUCGAGACUUGGAUGACGCCCUUUCACUCAUCAUCCUCUUCGCAAACCUCCCCUCAACAAACCACGUCUCCCCCAAAGUGAUCGCCAAUUGUGCCCGACUAGCUGCCGAAUGGCAAAUCUAUGUCAUGAAGUCUAGGUCUUUGAAGCACGUCUUCUUGAGCAUCAAGGGUAUCUAUUAUCAAGCUGAAAUCGAGGGACAACGAGUUACCUGGCUAGUCCCCUACGCAUUCACUCAAACGAUUCCAGCCGAUGUUGAUUUUCGAAUCAUGCUCACAUUUCUCGAGCUUUAUCAAACUUUACUAGGAUUUGUCUUCUAUAGACUCUUCCAAAACAUUAAUUUGAUCUAUCCUCCCAAACUAGACUCCAACUUGGACGAAGCUGCCGCCGGUCUCAACGCGCUGAUUCUAGAAAGUAGUAACCAAACCUUGGUUGCAGACCAAACCGAUUCGGAGGCACAAGCCAGUGGACGUCAGACCGCAAAGAGCGUCCGGAACGAGAUCAAGUCUCUUAUUUCAGCCCAGACGACUGCCCCGGAUGAAGCUGAGGAGAAUGAACAGAACGAGCAGAUGGAGGUUGACCCGGUGGUCGAGAGCAACGAUGAAGUCGAACAAGGCUUGUUCACGCCAUACGCGUUCUUUUUGUCGCGAGAGGUCACUCGACCGAUGCUUGAGUUUGUGAUCAAGUGCAGUGGUGGUGAAGUCGGCUGGGACCCCAUUCUUGGUGCUGGAUCUCCAUACCUCGAGUCGGAUCCGCGGAUCACCCAUCACGUCAUCGACCGACCCGAGCUUCCCUCUUCGACUGCCGCACUACCGCAGCGCGCCUUCGUCCAACCACAAUGGGUAGUGGAUUGUAUCAACAAGUCGACGCUGUUGCCGACCGAGGAAUACGGGCCGGGCAAGAUCCUUCCGCCCCAUCUGUCGCCGUUCGUGGACGAGGAAGAAGUCCGACGACAAGGCGGGUAUCUCCCUCAAGCCUCUCAACCUGCUGCGGCCCAAGGGACAGCCCAGGCCGCUGAGGUGGACGAGGAGGAGGACGCCAGUGGGGAUGAAGAGCAAGCCGACGAGACGCCGGUGGCUGGCAAGGGAGAAGCCGAGGCCGCAGAGAGACCUGCGCUUCUGGCAGCAGCCACGAAUGCCGAGGACGAGGAUCUCCUCCAUGCGGCCGAAAUCGAGGCCGAGGAACUCGGGAUCUCGCACGAUCAGUUCCAGAAAGAUCUCAGACGAGCUACCAAAGAAGAGGCCCGGAAAGCCAGGAAAUCAAAGACCGAUCCUUCUAAGAAGAACAACAAGAAGGCCGACGAUCCGAUGGACGAAGAUAAUUCUAAGAUGGCGGAAAUGCUGCUCUCGUCUAAACAACGCAAACUUUAUUCGAAGAUGAGCUACACUAAACAUCAACGCGCUGAAGAGAAACGUAAAUUGGAAUCAAAGAAGAAGAAUUUGAUGAAGAAACAGAAAUAGAAAAAAAUCGAUCUUGUUUCCUUUCCUCUGUUGAAUCCUCAUAAUCAUACAUCAAUGACUUUCUUCACAUACAUAUAUAUACAAAUCUUACCAAUCUUUUGGCCGGCAUCUCUCAUCUUAUUUGAUUCCCAUACACCCAAUAAAACACGGCCCAGAUCUCGUUUAAGUUCUGGAUGGUCAAAUCCAUUCUGGUCUUGUUUCUCAAUCACAUCCCCCAUAUCAUGGUGUCGGAUUCAUGCAUCACAAAAAAAAAACAUGGUGGAUUGUGCCUUACCCAAAUAUGUAUUCUGUUUUACAUACUUCGAUGUGACUCUUCUGGCGCAGAUCACUUGGUCAUUACUGAGCAUCACAUAGAAACAGACUUGCACAAAAGCUU